AUGUUUGACAAGAUCUUCGAAGCGGUGGUUUGCCCGGAGGAUUGCCAAGUAAAGUUGGCUACGUUCUACCUCAGGCAAGAAGCGGACUUGUGGUGGAAGUUUGAAAGACCAGCUUGUAAACAAGAUCCGAAGUUCAGUUGGGAAAGCUUGAAGGAUAAGCUACGUGAGCGGUUCUAUCCCGCUCAUGUCAAGGCGUACCACAAGAAGUUUUUGGAGUUAGCCCAUUUCGCCUCAGUUUUGGUACCUACCGAGGAGAGUAAAGUUGAGAAGUUUGUGGCCGGACUCAACUCCGAGGCUAGGAAAGCCUUGACUGUGUCGAAGCCCAAGACUCUCAUUGAGGCCUACCUUUGUGCAGCCGACCUCUACAGGGUGCAGCAAGUCCAGAAAGAGACAUGGAAGAGCCGUAAGAGGAGUUUUGAAAGAAGUGUUGCAUCUGUGGUUAUGAGUUUGUUAGUUACUGGUUCUGAAUCAACAAGAAGUCUACAAAGAGACGGCUCUAAGAGUGGUAAAACUCCCCAGCCAAUCCGGAACAACAAGGCUAAGGGAAGGCACUCCGGUUGCAAAAACUGUGGAAGUGGCCACCCCGGCGUGGACUGUCAUGGGAAGCCGGUAGAGUGCUUUGCUUGUGGCAAGAAAGGUCAUCGGUCCUUUGAGGUAAUCUCAUCACUUCUGCAAGCCCGAAACCAGUUGGUAGUGUGA